CGCGCCAGUUUGCUGCCCUAGUCACGUGGAGGGGUUGAAGAUGGCGGCUGCUCAGGCGGUGGAAGAAAUGCGGACCCGCGUGGUUCUAGGGGAGUUCGGGGUUCGCAAUGUUCAUACAACUGACUUUCCUGGUAACUAUUCGGGUUAUGAUGAUGCCUGGGACCAAGACCGCUUCGAGAAGAAUUUCCGUGUGGAUGUAGUGCACUUGGAUGAAAACUCAUUGGAGUUUGACAUGGUGGGAAUUGAUGCAGCCAUUGCCAAUGCUUUUCGGCGCAUUUUAUUAGCUGAGGUGCCAACCAUGGCUGUGGAAAAGGUCCUGGUGUACAACAACACGUCCAUUGUCCAGGAUGAGAUCCUUGCUCAUCGCUUGGGGCUCAUUCCCAUUCAUGCUGAUCCCCGUCUUUUUGAAUAUCGGAACCAAGGAGACGAAGAAGGUACAGAGAUAGAUACUCUACAGUUUCGGCUUCAGGUCAGGUGCACUCGGAACCCCCACGCUGCUAAAGAUUCCUCUGACCCCAAUGAACUCUAUGUGAACCAUAAAGUGUACACCAGGCACAUGACAUGGGUGCCCCUGGGGAAUCAGGCUGACCUCUUCCCAGAGGGCACGAUCAGACCAGUGCAUGAUGAUAUUCUCAUCGCUCAGCUACGGCCUGGCCAGGAGAUUGACUUACUCAUGCACUGUGUCAAGGGCAUUGGCAAGGAUCAUGCCAAGUUUUCACCUGUGGCAACAGCCAGUUACAGGCUUCUGCCAGACAUCACCCUGCUUGAGCCUGUGGAAGGGGAUGCAGCGGAGGAGCUGAGGCGGUGCUUCUCACCUGGUGUUAUUGAGGUGCAGGAAGUCCAAGGUAAAAAGGUGGCCAGAGUUGCCAAUCCCCGGCUAGAUACCUUCAGCAGAGAAGUGUUCCGGAACGAGAAGCUAAAGAAGGUUGUACGACUUGCUCGAGUUCGGGACCACUAUAUCUUUUCUGUCGAGUCAACAGGGGUGUUGCCACCAGAGGUGCUAGUGAGUGAAGCCAUCAAGGUACUGAUGGGGAAGUGCCAACGGUUCUUGGAUGAACUAGAUGCAGUUCAGAUGGACUGAGGUUUGCAUGGGACUUACCGGCAUGGCUGUGCUUGGAUACUCAAGUAUCCUAGCUGAAGAUUUUGGGUCCUGACUUGCUGGUCACAGGACUGCUAGAGUCCAGUGUGACUGCAGGUCCUGGGUUUUCUGGGACAAUCCCAGCCUUAUUUUCAGUCAAUACAUUUUGUUAAAUGUGCCACAAAAUGUGACUUCCUGCCUUUGUAAGGCCUUAAUGUAAAUAAACUCACAUCCAAAUAAAAAACUUUUGCCAGAGACUACUUCCGGAGUUUUAGCCCCAAUAUGUGGGGCCUCACCUUAGAAGAGGUUUGGCAUUAUUUGGCACUUAGGAACACAGGGUUCGGGUGUUACUGCGGGUCAGGGCCAAGUCCUCUGAAGCCUCAUCAGAGAUACCAGGGCUGUCUGGGAGGCUCAGUUGAAUGUCUGAUUCUUGGUUUUGGUUCAGGUCCUGAUGCCAGGGUUGUGGGAUCAUGCCCCGCGUUGAGCUCUGUGCUGAGGGUGGAGCCAGGUUAAGAUUGUCUCCCCUCCUCUGCCCUUCUCACCUGCUCACACGCUCAGGUAAAACAAAACAAAAAAAACUACCAAAUUGAGGUGGUCUUUGGGGGCUCAGCCAGACCACAGAAAAUUGUGUGCGCCACUUAAUCCAUUUCCUAGAUUACUACAAGUUUCUGAGGAAAAGGGGUGGUCUGUACCCAUCAAGUCACAUGGCUAUCAGGUGUUACACAAGGAGGGAUGGGUACCUAGCUGCCUCAGUUGGUAGAGCAUGCCACUCUAGUUUUCAGGAUUGUAAGUUCAUGCCCCAUGUUGGGUGUAGAGGCUACUUAAAAAUAAAAUCUUUUAGGGGCGCCUGGGUGGUUCAGUUGGUUAAGCAUCUGACUUCCACUCAGGUCGUGAUCUCACAGUUUGUGAGUUCAAGCCCCGCAUCAGGCUCUGUGAUGACAGCUCAGAGCCUGGAGCUGCUUUGGAUUCUGUGUCUCCCUCUCUCUCAGAAAUAAAUAGUAGAACAUUAAAAAAAA